AGGUCCCGGUUCAUUCAGUCCCUGGCGGAGAUAACGGACCUCUCGGUCGUUAUGGACCCGGUGUGCGCUCGGUUCGGGUCUCCGGUGCUCAGAAACGGACAAACUGUGAGUGAAAAUGUCUCCGGUUGUUUUCACUUUGGAUUUAAUCUGCAAGAAAACUGAUCCUGAAGUUUGAGGAGCUGCUUUUGGUUUUCCUUUAACGUGGGGAUGUGACGUUAGUUUGUUUUUUUGUUUUUUUGUUUGUUUGUUUGUGUUUACGUGAAUUUAAAAAAAACUAAAAACAACGACAACAAAAAAUAACCCAAUAAUGAUUUCGGAGGAGAGAAGCAGCCACGUUCAUAAACAAGCCCUGAACUUCCCGGUGGGUUUAUUGAUCCGCUCUCCAAAGAAGCGCCUGGCCAAGCUGGGGAGGAAACCCAGCAAUGGAUCUGUACAGUCCAACAACUCGGACAGCACCGUCCGCUCCACGGAGAGCGUGGGCGUCCGGCAGCCAGCCAAGAGCAAAAUUCGCCGCCACAAUAACAGGCUUUCCACUGUUUUCAACCACAGCCCCAACCUGCGUGACGCUGCACGCCGCGGCCAGGCGCCGGGCGGCGGGAGCCUUCCCGGCGACCUGCAGGCUGCAGACGACCCGGCUGAGCUGUCCAGUCAAAUGUCUGUCCCCGGCAUCCUGAAGGUCUUCGGCAGCGACAUCUGUCAGGGGACCAACUAUAAGAGCGUGCUGGCCACAACGCAGUCCAGUGCGAAGGAGCUGGUGAAGGAGGCCUUGGAGAGGUACUGUCUGGAGAAAGAAGACGCCAGCGACUACGUGCUCUGUGACGUGAUCGGCCAGACGGGCGCGGACAACCAGUGGAAGAGGGAGUGUUUCCGGGUGGUGGGAGACCACGAGAAGCCCCUCAUGCUGCAGUCGCUGUGGAAACCAAAGGAGGGCUUCUCCAGGCGCUUCGAAAUCCAGCUGCGAGCGAGCGUUGAGGAGCAAAGUUUGAAGGACAGGGACACAGUAACAGCAGGGAUCAACGCUCAGGCUCGUAAACUGCAGAAGAGCCGCUCCAGAGUGACCUCGCUGUUUGUGGACGGCAGCGGCGAGGACGUGGAUGGACUCGGUAUCUGGAGAAGUCUGAGCGAGAUGGAUCUGUCUGCGAUGGGGAAGGAGGCCAACCGGGCCCGGCAGAACGCACUCAGGGAGGAUCCCGAGGCCGAGGCCGAUAAGGACGUCCUGCGGCUCGGUAUGGAGAAGGAGGAGACGGAGAGCAGCGACGACAACACCACCCAGUACUCCAUUCACCCGCCAUUCGACUUCCCCUACUUCCUCCUGCUGCAGGGCUACAGCCACAGACAGGAUUUCGUCAUCUACCUGAUGAGUGGAACCACCACCAUCUUCGGCUGCUGCAGGGAGCACUGUAACGGAGAGGAUGAGGAGAGAUUAAAUGUCGACAUCCUUCUCUUCGCCCCCGAUGUGUUGCCCCAGCACUGCUGCGUCAGACGCCUGGACUCCAACAACCCAACCUCCACAGGGGAGCACAGAAAGACACUGACGAUGCUGAAGCCCCUCCACGGCGCUCCUGUGACCAGAAAUGGUUUCCUCCUUAAAGAGGAGGUGGAACUGAAUCCAGGGGACUUGGUUGGCUUGGGGAAACACUAUCUGUUCAUGUUUAAGGAUCCUACCUGCACAUCAGGAUCCCUCCAGACUCCUCCUUGGAUGACCAGACUCUGCCCGAACUCUGACGCAAAGACGUCGUCCUCAUGUUUAUCGUGCGGCUCCGCUCUCACUGUCACACGGCUCCAGAGGAAGCCGUUACCGCCUCGCUGGAGGGACCUGGAAGGCACAGAGGCUUUGGUGAGCUAUGAGCUGGAGCAGGAGGAGAGGGUCCUGCAGGAGAUUUUGGAUAUGUUGGACGCAAGUGGAAAUGAACCAAAGCUGACGCCUGCUUUCCUGCUGAGCCUGUGCAUCCAGCACUCAGCGUCCACGUUCCAGCUGACACACUUCAGACAGCUGCUGCUCCGGAUAGCCAGCCAGAUCCAGCUUGUUAUGUGGGAGAAGACAAAGGAACUUGCAGCAAUCCAGCCAGAAACGAGCUCCAGUGACGGGCAGCCUGAGCACCUCCAGCUGCUCAGCAUGCAGGAGCUGAUCCCGGGUCUGCAGCCUCUGGUGCUGUGGAUGGCCAACUCCAUUGAACUGCUGCACUUCAUCCAACAUGAAGUCCCUCAGCUGCUGCCCUGGAGGCAGGACCAAGAGGACGAAGGUCUGUUGGACGCUGAGAUGUCCUCCACUCGGAUAGCCUGUGAGGAAGCCAUGACGGUCCUGGAGGAAGUCAUCAUGUUCACCUUCCAGCAGUCCGUCUACUAUCUAACAAAGAGUAUGUAUUCAGCCUUGCCCGGGCUGCUGGAUGGGAACCCGUUCUCAGAGGGGGGUCAGCUGCGAGUUCCCGACGGACUCGACGGCAUCCUGGAGGUGCUGAAGGAGGCGCUGAAGCUUCUCACAGCCUUCCAGGUCCAUCCAGACAUCUCACUGCAGCUCUGUGCCUACCUGUUCUUCUUCAUCAAUGCAUCGCUGUUCAACGCCCUCAUGGAGAGAGGAUCAGUCGCUGGGUUCUACCAGUGGUCCAGAGGCGUUCAGAUCCGGGCCAACAUGGACCUGCUGAUGGACUGGAUCCAGAGUAUCGGUCUCGGCGAUCUGGCCACCGAGUUCUUCCAGAAGCUUUCCGCCGCCGUCAAUCUGCUGGCCACACCCAAAGAAACCCUCCUGCAGGCGUCCUGGGCUUCUCUCAGGACGGAGUUUGCCGCCCUGAAUCCAGCUCAGCUUCAUCACACGCUGAGGGAGUACAGCUCUGGUAAAGCCUGUCCCACCGGAUGGACGCCGUCAGCGGAGGACGCGGAGGACGCCGUCAGGACGGCCGACAUCCUGGAGAGCUUCGACAACCACCCGCCGCUCAUCCUGCCCAGCAGCACGUUUCACCUGGAGCUGGGUAAACCCCUCGUGGAGCCGGCUCUGUUUGAGCAGCUCGCUCAUCUGCAGGAGUUCAUACGCCGCCUCCCCCGCGGCGAAACCCAAGCCGAGCCCGAUGUGGAGCAACAGACCACAGACAGCCAGUCUGCGACCUCGCCCUCCGUCAGAGUCUUCCAGGAUCCGGCCCAUCAGGUGGUCUCUGACCCGGUUACCUGCUCCUCGCCGGAGGCAGACCUGGACUGUACCUCCCCUGCGGAGCCGGCUCAGGCCCGAGGAUCUCAUGGCGACCUGAGCAGCUGCGAGGCAGUUCUGACCCAGAAGCUGAAGAGCCUGGAGCUGCAGAACACCCUCCCAGGACAGGCUGACCUGGUCUACCACAAGAGCCUGGCUCUGGACCCGUCCUGCCUGCUGACGCCGCCCAACACCCCGCAGGGUAUGGAGCUGGCUGAGCUGGAGGCGGAUCUGCAGGAGGGCGCUCGCCAACAGAAGAAAGCCGUCGGAUACGCUGAGUGGAAGACGGAGAAUGUGGAGGAGGAAGAAGAGGAAGACAGAGAGGAAGUGUUCACGGUGGAGCUGCGAAGAGGACCUCAUGGUCUCGGACUGGCGCUCGUGGACGGGAUGAGAACGCAGCUGAGAAUGAGCGGCAUCUACGUGAAGUCAGUGGUUCCCGACUCUCCCGCCGCUCAGUGUCAGAAACUGAGGACGGGCGACCGCGUCCUGGCGGUUAACGGCAUCAGCCUGGUCGGUAUGGAGUACAACACCGGCAGAGAACUGAUUCGAUCGUCGGGAGACUCUCUCCGACUGCUGGUGGCCAAGAUCGACCCAAAGACGAGCGGCAAGGAUUCGACUACGACUAAAUGCUGAAGGGAGCGGCCGAGGCGGGCGAUCAAGUGCAAUUGGGAAUACUGGAGGAACGUUUUGGUUCAUCCUUCCAGCCGCUUCCAGAGUCAGUGUUUCCCCCCCCCCCGACUCCCAACCAAAGGAAAACACACUUCUUGCUUCUCCUUUCAGACUUAUUGUGUUUUCUGCGUAACGAGCAACGAGACAAUCGACCCCCAGAGGCAGGACGGACUCGUAGCUGGCAGAUGGGACGGUCAGGACGAGUUUUUAAAAGCUCAAUUUGCUGCCGCAGCUUCUUUUUCUGGCCUAUAAACAAACUCCUCGUAAACCGUGAGCUGAAAAACCAGCUGGAACAUGUAUUUGAAUGUCUGAGUACUCGGUUUUCUGUCUGCCCACCGAAGGAUCGGCUCCAGGAUCGAGACUCGUGUCUGACAUUAACUGGAAUUACUUUUUAAAAUCAUGGGUUUUUAUGGCUAUUUAAAAAACUGUGAACCAACAUAAAACCCGUCAUUUGUGAGGGAAAUCCUAAGUAAAGGAAUCUUUUUCCAUCAAAGAUAUUUUUGUUAAUAUUCUCUCUUCUUUUUUUUUGCUUCCCCCCCCCAAAAAAAGCUGAAUUAUUUCAACUCACUGGGAGAUUUAUUUUUUAGAAACUAUGAUUUUCUUUUAAUAGUUGGGCAUUUUUACUGUGGCCUUCAGAGCGGCGUACACAUCUUUUACACUUUUAUAUCACAAUAAAUGCUGUUUAUGAAAAGUUCUGUUACAAGCAAACAGUAAUAAUAAAUGAUCAGGUUAAAAAAAAAAACUGGAAAAAGAUUUUUAAACUGCAAAUUUUUUGUGAUUUUUCAUGCUUUUAAACAGACUGAAGGAUUACAUGCUCCUCUUUAAAGCAACACUAUGGAAGAUUUGGUACUUCCAGAUAUAAUACUACUGUCGUAACUAUCUACAGCUGUAAUUACCUGCUUCUUGUGGCCGAAACAGAUGAAAUUAUUUCACAUUUUUUAAUUUUUAAAGGUUCAUAACCUGUAGUUUUUACAUACCUGAGGGUCAGAAAGGUUCAGAUUUAGUGAGCAAAGAUGGAUGAUUUAAUAUUUCAGAGCUCUGUUCAAACCAAAUCUAUUAAUCUAUUAAUGAGUUCUGAUGCUUCAAAAUGUUCAUUUUAUUCCAGUAAAGUUUAUCCAAAAAACACACUUUAGCUUCCAUAGAACAAUAGUUUCAAUUUUAAAAUAAAUUAUUAUUAAUAUCAACCAAUAAUUUAUCAGCUGUAAUUUGAUCUUUGAUGAUCUAGAUAAUUUAUAAUAUUUGAUCUGUCUCAGUAUUAUUGUGCAUCCCUUUUCUUCGCCUCAGCCGUUACCUAUGUCCAUAGAAACUACAGAGCCUGAACACUCCUGGUCCUGGUCCUGGUUCUGGUUCUGGUUCUGGCACAACCAGCAGUGACUCCAUAUCUUCCUCCUGUUCCAGUUGUUCUGACUUACUGCCGUAACAACCCGAAACCAAAAGUUACACAGUGCGAGAACUGUGGAAUGAACUCAACUCAGUGUAUUAUCAAAAUGCUAAUAAAACUUUUAUUUUAAGGUAGAAAAGUUACAUAAUGUUGCUUUAAAGUGGCUAAAAUCAACAUGUUUAUCAUUACAACACAACUGUACUCGCUCUGACAGCUCUCAUAGCGCCGUUUAUAGCGAUAUCAGGGAGCUGUUUGCAGAGAAAAAGCUGCACACUACCUGCUCAGCAGCAAACAGCAGAUUUCCCUCAAAUGAAUCAUAAUGUUGCUCUGUAACUGCUGGAUGUGUAAAUAAGCAACUGUUUGCAAACAAGUUCAACAUAUUAACUUAAAAGUUGAUAUAAUGUGUUAAAGUGUUUGUUUCUGCUGGUCAAAAAACAAAACUGCUAAAAUCUUAUGAAUAAUAAAGCCAAAAAUAUUCAGUCAGACAGCUAAAAUAAACUCCUCUGCUUCAGUUUAUUAUCUGUAAAUACAGUAUUCACAUCCACACACACACAUCCACACACACACACACACGCAUCUACAGUGGGUGUAUUAAAGGGAUUGUUCAACAUUUUGGGAAAUAACGUUAAAGUUAUAAGCUGAAUAAAAAAUGUCAAACCGUGACAGUAAAAGACUAAAUAUAAUAAAAUAAUAAUUAAGAAUAAUAAAAUGUUUAUAUUACAGACUGUAAUAAAUCUCAUGGCAAAAAAAACUUUUUAUACAGCAUUUAUAUGGUAUUUUUAAACGGUAAAACUGUUUCUUUUGAUGGUAAAAACUUGUAUUUAUACAAUAAAAACUGGAAUAAAACCAUAAAAUCAUCAGUACUAAUAUAUCCUUUUAUUUUCUGCUGUAAAAAUAAAAACAUAAAGACUGUAAACAGAUAAACAGGCAGCCUGGUUCUGUCCAAACACCUAUAACACUCAUUAUUCACAUAACUAUAAUAUAAUAUGUCGUCUGUUUCCAGUCUUUAUGUUAAGCUAAACUAACCCGCUGCUGGUUUGUAGCUUCUGAUUAACAUACAGACAGAAGUGGCAAAAGUACAAACACUGUUUUGUCACCUUCGGGUGAAACGAUGCAAAAAUAUUAAUAAUAAUAGUUGAUAUUUCCCCUCAGAUGCAUUAAAACUACAGUAAAGAGCCUGUUUUUGAACGUGUAACCAGUAGAAAAUGCAGAUAUUUGUGUAAAAAUGUAGCCGGAUGAAAGUAAAAAGUUGCCAGAAAAACAAAAACUCAACUACAAAUACCUGAAAAAAGUAACAAAGUAUUUCCCAAAAUGUUUAAACUUUAUCUUUAAAGUCUUUACUGUCAGUAGUUUGGUCCCAAAUCAUAGAACAUGUUACUGAUCUGAGAGCAGCAUUAACAUAAAUAUAUAUAUACGACUGCUACAGCCCUCGUCUGUGUUUUCAUCCCAAAUGUUAACAGUGUUUAAAUAUAUUGAAAAGUACACAAAGUAUUCCCUUUUGUAAUAUUUAUAUUGCGCAGUAAUUUUGAAACUAUGGAAUAAAUAUUAUUUUGACUUUGAAAA